AUCAAAGUCCCACCAAUUCACAGCCUCCACGUUGCAAACCAUUUGCUUUGCGGCACGACAAAACAGAGCCAGAAGAAGAACAAGAAGGAGUAGACCUUCAUGAAAAUCCAAAAUCCAAACAUAUAUUAGUUUCUUCCAUCAAAUUGAUAUUGGGUUUCAUUUUCUCUUUUCCUGCCUCUUUGAUCUGAGGUUUGUUCGUGAUGAUGCUUUGUUUGGGUCGGAAUCCUGGCCUCUUCUACUCUCUAGUUUCGUUUCAUCGGUACGAUUCUCCGUAUACUUGCAAGAGAUUUCUCCAUGGAAGUGGCAGGUUCAGCGCGAGAUGGCCCCUGAUGGCGUUAGAAUCGGACUCCUCUUUUGCCGCCUCUGUUGACUCUGAUGUAGCCGACAAAAACGCUGCCGGAUUCUGUAUCAUUGAAGGGCCUGAAACUGUACAAGAUUUUGCCAAAAUGGAACUACAAGAAAUUCAGGAUAACAUUAGAAGUCGUAGGAACAAGAUUUUCUUGCAUAUGGAAGAGGUUCGUAGACUCAGGAUACAGCAGAGGAUUAAAAGUGCUGAAUUAGGAUUGAAAGAAGAGCGAGAGAAUGAACUUCCAAACUUUCCAUCGUUUAUUCCUUUCUUGCCUCCGUUGAGUGCAUCAAACCUUAAGCAAUAUUAUGCGACUUGUUUAUCUCUUAUUGCUGGGGUGAUGCUUUUUGGUGGCCUCCUUGCUCCCACUUUGGAGCUUAAGCUGGGACUAGGGGGCACAUCAUAUGCAGAUUUUAUCCGUAGUAUGCAUCUUCCUAUGCAGUUGAGUCAGGUUGAUCCCAUUGUGGCAUCAUUCUCGGGUGGGGCAGUUGGGGUGAUUUCAGCAUUAAUGGUUGUUGAGAUCAACAAUGUUAAGCAGCAGGAGCAAAAGAGAUGCAAGUACUGUCUUGGUACUGGAUAUCUUGCGUGUGCUCGCUGUUCAAACACAGGAUCACUUGUUCUGAUUGAGCCAGUAACCACCGUCAAUGGCAGAGAUCAGCCUUUAACACCUCCAAAAACUGAGAGAUGUUCUAACUGUUCUGGAUCUGGCAAGGUUAUGUGUCCAACAUGUCUCUGCACUGGAAUGGCCAUGGCAAGUGAACAUGAUCUUCGCAUUGAUCCUUUUGACUAGAAAUGGCCAUGGCAAGUGAACAUGAUCUUCGCAUUGAUCCUUUUGACUAGAGCUCUUGUACAAAAUUAGUGUUCCAUGUUAUGCAAUUCGUAAUGUGUUAUUGUGUUAUAGACGUUUUGGCAAUGGAACACUGGAAUUUUUUUUGUAUAUAUGUACUAAUACUUAAUUACAUACAGAUAGGGAAAAAAAAGAGAAUAAGAAUAAUUAUGAUAUAACAUUUUCUACAUUUUUAAUGGCUAGUUGUGCUAAACGUGAGAGUUUGUACAUGAA